UUAGACCAGGAGGAGCACCCUCUGGGGGAGGUGGGUGGGGCCUCACUCCAGUUUGGCCAGAACUCGCUAAUAAGGGACAAGCCACUGAGUUGGGGUUUGCACCUGACCAGACACCUUCCUGCUUGCGUCCUUCUAACAGACUUCCUCAUCGCCCGGAGGUCGCACUUUCUGCAGUGGUCAUGCCUGGAACAAAGAGUGCCAGGGGUGCUCAGGAAGCCGUUGAGCUCAAACUGGACCUCAGGUCACCUCUCCAAAGUGCCGAGAAGCCGCAGAACAAGGACUCCAGUUUGUUGGAUGGAAGCGCUUCUGAGUUGCCAGUCUUGGAGAAGACCAAGGGUAUAACAGCGUUCCAGGCCUUGAUUCACCUGGUAAAAUGCAACAUGGGCACCGGGAUCCUGGGACUACCCCUGGCUGUGAGGAACGCAGGCCUCCUGCUGGGCCCGCUGAGUUUGCUGGCAAUGGGCUUCAUCGCCUGCCACUGUAUGCACAUCCUGGUCCGAUGUGCCCAGCGCUUCUGCCGCAGGUUUAACAAGCCCUUUAUGGAUUAUGGGGAUACAGUGAUGCAUGGGCUAGAGGCCAGCCCCAGCGCCUGGCUCCGGAACCACGCCCACUGGGGAAGGCAUAUGGUGACCUUCUUCCUUGUAUUCACCCAGAUGGGCUUCUGCUGUGUGUAUAUUGUGUUUCUGGCGGAUAAUUUAAAACAGGUGGUGGAAGCCAUUAAUGGCACCACCAACAACUGUCACAACAAUGAGACAGUGAUUCCAACGCCCACCAUAGACUCUCGACUCUACAUGCUCACCUUCCUGCCCCUCCUGAUGUUACUGGUCCUCAUUCGGAACCUCAGGGUCAUGUCCAUCCUCUCCAUGUUGGCCAACAUCAGCAUGCUGGUCAGCUUGAUCAUCAUCGCCCAGCACAUUGCCCAGGAUAUUCCAGACCCCAGCCAGUUGCCACUGAUAACAAGUUGGGAGACCUACUCUCUCUUCUUUGGAACAGCGGUUUUUUCAUUUGAAAGCAUUGGCUUGGUUCUGCCCCUGGAAAACAAGAUGAAGGAUACCCGCCACUUCCCAGCUAUCCUGUCCUUGGGAAUGUCCAUCAUCACUGCCCUGUACAUUGUCAUCAGUGUUCUGGGCUACCUGCGGUUUCAAAACGACAUCAAGGCCAGCAUAACCCUUAACCUGCCCAACUGCUGGCUGUACCAGUUGGUCAAGCUCCUCUACGUCACCGGCAUCCUGUGCAGCUACGCCCUGCAGUUCUAUGUUCCUGCAGAAAUCAUUAUCCCCUUUGCCAUCUCCCAGGUGCCCAAGCGCUGGGCGCUGCUUCUGGACCUGUCCACCCGCUUCACCAUGGUCUGCCUGACAUGCAUCUUGGCCAUCCUCAUCCCCCGCCUGGACCUGGUCCUCUCCCUGGUGGGCUCCGUGAGCAGCAGUGCCCUGGCGCUCAUCAUCCCGCCCCUCCUGGAGAUCACCACCUACUACUCGGAGGGCAUGAGCCCCCUCGCCAUUGCCAAGGACGUCCUGAUCAGCAUCCUGGGCUUCGUGGGCUUUGUGGUGGGGACCUACCAGGCCCUGGAUGAGCUGAUCCAGCCGGAACGCCCUGUCACCUUUUCCAACUCUACCACUUUUAUUUAGUGAGAAUGGCACAUCUCCUCACCCACCAGCACCUGACUUUUAAUGAUAGGGAACUCUUUUAUACCUGUAGUAUCUUCAUUUUGUGAGGACUCACCAGCUACAAGGUCUAGAUGGUAAUUUUUUUUUUAAAUCAUUUUUAUUCCUUUUCUUUCCAUCCCUAGCUUUCUGCUACUUUGAGAGCUCUCCCAUGGAAAGCUCUCAAUUCCAUCCAACUUUUUGGCAGCCCACACAGUGAAUUUCACACCCUGAGUGGAGCUAUGCAAGAAGUUGCCACCAGGGGCACCCAAGUGGCAGCAACGGGCAGGAGGUGGUGUGGCCAGCUAAGGCCAACCUGGAUUUGGCAGGCACAGGGUUCCAGCAAGGCAGGCACAGCUCCAACAUCAAGGUGGAUAGGGCCAAGAGGUCCAUUGUGAGCCAUGACUCAAACAGAAGAGCCAUCAUAUUUGUCAAGGACAAUACUCUUUCUAAACCACUGGAUAAAGUUUUGGCCCAGUUCAAAGAUCCCAACAAUAGGUAGGAAGCAUGGAAGUGGAUGUGCCAAUGGCAGGGGAAUAGGGGUGGAUGGUGAUAUUAUUGGGCAUUAUUUUCCCCUUAAGUCUUUCAACAUCAUGAUUACCUACUGUGUGCAAAGUAUAGUUCAAGGCUCUUGUAGUAGAUUGCAAAAAUGGCCACAAACUCCUCUUGACAAUGUGAUUUUUCAGCUCCUUCCACAGAGAGGGGAAAUCUACCUUUGGAAUCUGGUCUUAGCCUUGGAUGUGCUUUGGCCAAUGGGACAUUAGUAAAUGGAAUGCAAGCAAAGGUUUGGUGAUGGCUCAUGCAUCAGGACUUCCAUCUCUUGCUGUGCUGUGGAGCCAAGACCACCAGGUGAAGAAGCCUGGACUAGCCUACUGGAGGAUGGGAGACCAUGUGAAACAAAAACCAGUUAUCCCAGUUGAGCCCUGUCCCCCAGAUCAAUCAACUUGCCAGCUUCCAGAUACAUGAGUGAAGCCAUUCUUAGGCUGUAUCCCCCAGUGAAGCUGACCUGGACCAUAAGAACUGA